AUGUCGGCAUCCUCUGUUCCCGUCGUUGUCCCGCAGCGCUCGUCGCCUACCUCCGCGGCUUCGUCGUCCCUCUCCAGCAGCAGCUUCAGCUCGCCCGACUCGGCCUCCGCCAGCCGCGUGAACGCAAGCACGCCCGCGACCUCAGUCGACAGCGAGGACGUCAACGGGCUCAGUCUCAAGUACGCAGACGAGUCCACUCUCCUCCCCACCGAGCACGACGAGCAGGACGAGUGCAACGUCGACGACGCCGCGACCUCGGUCUCCAACUUGACCCUCAUCCGCCGCGUCAACUCCUACACCGGAUCCUCGCAGCCCUCGCUUGGCGGGACGACCACCGGCCGCUUCCGCUACGAACCCAGCGCUAUGCCGUCCAGUGCCCUGCGCGCGCUCCGUCGUCGUAUGUGCAUCGAGGAGUUCAUCAGCACCGAGGAGAACUACCUCAGCGGCCUGCGCAUCCUCGUCAACAACUACUUCUCCACGCUCGACGCCUGUGGACCCUGCAUGGCCUUCAUUGCCGCCGACAUCAAAGAAAGCGGCGCGGCGCUGCUCGAGUUCCACCAGGAAGUCCUCAACGUGCUCUACCGCACCUAUCCUGCGCUCUACGCGCCCAGCUCCAACGAGCGCAGCGGCUAUCUCCCGCUCGACCUCUCCCUCCGCGACAGUCAGCGCGGCUUCUCGGGGUUUGAAAGCGAGGUCUUCACCGCGCUCGACGACCAGAAAGCGGGUAGCAGUGCGGGCAGACGCGUGCCGUCGUGGAGUCAGUGCGAGGAAUCGAUUUCGUCGCCCGCGGUCGCGGGGUCAGUUGCCGAGCUGGUGAUGAAGAAGGCGGCGGAUCUGGCGCUUUACGAGCAGUAUAGUUUGAAUUACUCGAACGUUAUCGAUAUCUUGGAGAUGUCUACUGAUCAGUACUCAAAGAUCUGGAAUGAUGGAUCGCGUCAGUUUUUGAUGGCUUCGAAUGCUAUUUCUCAGCGCGCCGACGUGUCUAUUGAGUCUCUUGCGCUCAGCCCGAUCCAUCGCACGAUGAGAUAUCUUCUUCUCCUGCAAGAGCUCGCUCGCCAUACGCAGCCCGAGGACUCUAUUGAAGCCAGCGCCACGAUUGCGGCAGCGGUAAAGUCCGUGAAGGGGUAUGUGGAGAAACUCGAUAGCGCGCAAGCGGUCACGUCGACCAACAACACGCUUGCCAACUCGAGCGAGCUCUGGCGCCGCCUGAGGUUCGAGAAACCUGCUCCUGCUGCUUCUUUCGACGGCAAAGACGACGAAGAAGGAGGAGGAGGAGCAGACAGGGGAAUGUACGCGCCAGAGUUUUUGGGGAAAGCUAUUCUGUGCGGAGCGUUGCAUGUCGGGUGGAUUGCGGUGGACGGGUCGUUCCGCAGCCAGUACUAUGGCGUGUUUCUGUUCAAGUCGUGUGUUGUGGUCUGCUCUGUCGAGAAGGUGAACCGGUAUACUGUGAAAUUCCUGAUUCCGCUGUGCUGUGCGCGUGUGCUGUCCUGUGAUCCUGUCGAUGGGGAGAAAGGCGAGAAAGAAGAAGGCGAGGAAGUGGGCAUGCAGUCAUCGUACCAUACCUCGUUCAAGCUCUUGUUUGAGCAUGAUUUCAGGGUCUUUGAGCUUCUCGUGACGCCGAUGUCGAUCGCGGAGAAGAACGUGUGGGUCGAGUACCUGCAGUCUCAGAUCUGCGUGAACGGAGGCGGCGCGGAGUAUGACUGGAAAGCGUUCAAGACCUCUGAGCAUGCGAUGGAAGGGUCGGGACAGGUUACUGUGCUUCCGAGCUUGAUUCGGCCGCUGUGGAUCAGCCAGCCGCGCGAGGACGGAAAGAGAGCUGUGGAGGAGGCUGGUGGAGCUGCGAGGAUCAAUAUCUCUCACUUUCUUGUUCCGGAGAGAGUGGAUGAGGAGCAUCACCAGCAGGAAAGUGGGAAUGUGCAGCCGAAGCGGGGAAGAUCGAGCAGGGUGUCGUCGCCGCUGGUGUACUUUGCAGAGUACAACGACAAGCUGUUGUCGCCCAAGUCGCCUACGACGAUGAGUCCUACGAUGGUCUCGAUCUCGUCGCGUGGCGGUGAGACAACCGAGCAGGACGGAGAAGACGACGACGAUCAGACGAUGGCGCAGUUCGCGGUCACGGUGAAGCUGUCUGACCGGAUCCAGACGGAGAAGAUGAUUGCGCUGGUGUGGUCGCGCGAGGAGUUGGCGCUGGCGCAGGACGUGUGCGUGGUGAAGCAUCACGGUCUUGGCUCUGGCCGGGUCAUGUGUCUUGUUCGUCGGAUCUCGGGGGUGGGUAGUAGUUUUGCAGCCGGGUUUUCGAAGCGCAGCAGUUCUUCUUCGUCGCUGGGAUCGAUCUCUGGAUUUGACGAGGUUGAUGGGGGAAAGAGAAGCAGCGAGGAUGAGAACGGGCUGUCGCCGGCGUCGUCGUCGAUGUCGUCUGGGUCGCCAAGGGGCGUGGCGUACAGACGCGUGCCGAGACCGAAGCAGUCGGGGGACGUGGUGAUGAAUCCGAAGAGUAGAGGGCGUGAGCGGCAGCUCCGGGGAGUCUCUGUUGGGACGGGGGAGGUCGUGCGACGGAUCAGUGGGCGGCUGUCUGGAGUGAGAAAUGUUUCUGCGUCGCUGUUGAAGGUGCGGUAUUAG